UGGCUGGCCUAAACUUCCGCUGCAGUGAAUUUGAACGGAAUCUAAAAAAUAUGGCUAUACGCUGUUUUUUCUCGGCUCGGAAAAAUCUGAACUGCGUCGGCAGAUUACAACUCCUCUUGUCGAAUGAUUGCAGCGCCGUGAUUGGCCUCUACAGCACAGCAGCAAAGCAGUGGGGAACAGGUGAUGAUUGCCAUGGUGAUGACACCACAGAUGACUCCAGCCAUGCGGGGACCAAUGUGAGACUGCUGGAGAUGAGAGCCAGCAAGCUGGAGGAGCAGGUCAGGGAGCUCACGGAAAGAUACAAAAGAGUGAUGGCUGACUCUGACAACGUUCGAAGAAGAACUCAGAAGUUUGUUCAAGACGCCAAGCUGUUUGGGAUCCAGAGUUUCUGCCGUGACCUGGUGGAGGUAGCUGACCUGCUGAAGCAGACGACAGGAAACCUGCAGGUGGAGGAGGACCAGAGACUUGCCCAGAUCAAGGACAGACUGCAGGGGGUCUUUACAAAGCACGGCCUUAUGAAGAUGAGCCCUGUUGGGGCUAAAUACGACCCUUACCAGCACGAGAUAGUGUGCCACACUCCUGCUGAGGGAUGGGAGCCUGGCACCGUUGCUGUGGUGAAGCAUGAUGGGUACAAGCUCCAUGGACGCACCAUCCGACAUGCCCAGGUGGGCAUUGCUGUGAUGACACAGGAGCAGGACUAAGGCUUGUGCUCGUCUCUGACCUCUCUGUAGUACUUCACGGUCGUCUGCACCUGACAGAUCCAGAUGUGCAUCAAUCCUUUCAGUUACGUAAAUGUUUUUCAUGUGGGUUGUUUCAAUGUUGUCACUUUGUCUAGAUUAAUUAUGUACAUACAGUACCUGUAACAAGUUUGGACACCUACUCAUUCCACGGUUUUUAUUUGUACUAUUUUCUACAUUGUAGAAUAAUAGUGAAGACAUCAAAACUAUGAAAUAACACAUGGAAUCAUGUGGUAACCAAAAAGAGUGUUAAACAAAUCAAAAUAUAUUUUAUAUUUGAGAUUCUUCAAAGUAGCCACCCCUUUUCUUUGACAGCUUUGCACACUCUUGGCAUUCUCUCAAAGAGCUCUAGAAUGCUUUUCCAACAAGCUUGAAGGAGUUCCCACAUAUGCUGAGCACUUGUUGGCUGCUUUUCCUUCACUCUGUGGUCCAACACAUCCAAAACCAUCUCAAUUGGGUUCAGAUUGGGUGAUUGUGGAGGCCAGGUCAUCUGAUGUAGCACUCCAUCACUCUCCUUAGUCAAAUAGCCCUUACACAGCCUUAAGGUGUAUUGGGUCAUUGUCCAUAACAAAUUAUGGUCCCUCUAUGCGCAAACCAGAUGGGUUGGCGUAUCGCUGCAGAAUGCUGUGGUAGUCAUGCUGGUUAAGUGUGCCUUGAAUUAUAAAUAAAUCAGUGUCACCAGCAAAGCACCCCCACACAUCACACCUCCUCCUCCAUGCUUCAUGGUGGGAACCACACAUGCAGAGAUCAUCUGUUCACCUACUCUGCGUCUCACAAAGACACGGUGGUUGGAACUAAAAUAUCUAAUUUGGAUUCAUCAGACCAAAGGACAGAUUUCCACCGGUCUAAUUGCUUGUGUUUCUUGACCCAAGCAAGUCUCCCCUUCUUAUUGGUGUCCUUUUAGUAGUGCUUUCUUUGCAGCAAUUCAACCGUGAAGGCCUAAUUCACUCAGUCUCCUCUGAACAGUUGAUGUUUAGAUGUGACUAUUACUUGAACUCUGUGAAGCUAUUUCUGAGGCUGGUAACUCUAAGAAACGUAUCCUCUGCAGCAGAGGUAACUCUAGGUCAUCCUUUCCUGUGGCGGUCCUCAUGAGAGCCAGUUUCAUCAUAGCACUUGAUGGUUUUUGUGACUGCACUUGAAUAAACUUUCAACGUUUGUGAAAUGUUCCGGAUUAACUGACCUUCAUGUCUUAAAGUAAUGAUGGCCUAUCAUUUCUCUUUGCUUAUUUGAGCUGUUCUUGCCGUAAUAUUGACUUAUUUUACCAAAUAGGGCUAUAUUUUGUCACAACACAGCUGAUUGGCUCAAACGCAUUAAGAAGGAAAGUAAUUCCACAAAUUAACUUUCAACAAGGCACACCUGUUAAUUGAAAUGAAUUCCAGGUGACUACCUUAUGAAGCUGGUUGAGAGAAUGCCAAGAGUGUGCAAAGCUGUCAUCAAGGCAAAGGGUGGCUACUUUUAAGUAUCUCAGAUAUAAAAUAUAUUUUGAUUUGUUUAACACUUUUUUUUUUGGGGGUUACUACAUGAUUCCAUAUGUGUUAUUUCAUAUUUUUGAUGUCUCCGCUAAUAUUCUACAAUGUAGAAAAUAGUAAAAAAAAAUAAAGAAAAACCCUUGAAUGAGUAGUUGUGUCCAAACUUUUGACUGGUACUGUAUGAAUUUGUGUAUUAUAAUUUUUCCUGUAUUUUCUUUCAUUUUGACUUGAUCUGAAAAUAGGGUCACUGUCACGUUGUUCUAGAAGUUCUUUAACUUUGAGACUGUGCCUAUCUUUGUUAUUUUCUAUUGGUAUUUUCUUGUGUUCAAUUACAUUUUUAUUUUUCGGGCAUUUGAUAACCUGUUGAGCUACAAUAUUUUUUUUUGUAGGACUGACGAUGGCAAGUCUUUACUUAGCUUGUCUAGCUAGCUGGUAAUUCUAAAUUUGAAUGAUGUACCGGAUGUUUGAUCCACCUUCCCCUGUUUCUGGAAGGAUGGGGACUAUGCUGUUAGGGGAUGACAGAGGAUCGCCUCAUAGGAUAACUGCCGAGGUGUGGUGAUCUCUAAGGCUCUUAUAGCUGCCAAAGGAUGACCCAGGUGGGUGUUACACUUUCGGUGGUGGAUGUCCCAGCCUAUACAGAGCCGUAGCUUUGAACUUCAAAGACAGAAGUGCCUCAUGAAAAGCUCCUGGCCUGUCUGAUGUUUCUCCCUCCCUGGCUGUACCAUCGACGCCACCACCACUCAAGCUACUCCUUUAUUGAACGGGAUCAUUAUCUAUCUGUGGAAGAACAUCUCCAAUGAACUGCCAGCUGCCUGUUUUUAAAAUUUUAAAAAUGUAAAGCUUCUGUAUUAGAAACACUAGCUAUAUAAAGCAAAUCUAUUAUUGUUAUUAUUAGUUAUAUGAAUGUUAUAUGAAUGUGUUUUGCUAUUUACUGACAUUCACAUGUAUGUGUAGAUACUCAAGGAUAUUGUUAUACCUCAUAAGAUCUGGUUGAUGAACACCUUUAGUUUACUUCGUCAUGUGGAAGUUGUGUACAUUUGGAGAAGUUGCAUUGUUCAUCCUGCCCUCCACCAUUGUGCUUGUUUCAGGCACGUGAGCAAGUAAGAAUGAAGAUCUUGAUGUUAGAGAGAAUCUGUGAUCUUACAGGUUGGGAUGGUUGCGUAGAAUGUGCCGUUUACCUGUAUCUUUAUAUGAAGGUUGCAACUUUUGCUUUGAAAAUGUUGCGAUUUAUGUAUUUAUUUGGACAUUGUGUUUUGUUUAGCAUUACCCAAAGAGCACUGUAUAUUUUUAUGAUGCAACAAUGAAAUGGUUUCAGUUAGGUGGGUUCAUAUCAUCUACCCAACCCCUCUCUCCACUUUUAAAAAAUGUUUAUCUGUCCUUUUUAAUUUAAAUUGUACUUUGAUUGAUGCGCAUGAUCUUAUGUACUACACUUGAUUUGAUGUACAGUGCCUUCCCGAUGUAUACACCCCCCUUGACUUUUUCAACAUUUUAUUACAAAUUUAGGAUUAAAAUGGAUUUAAUUGAAA